AUGCCAUCCUCUUCCUCCUCCACUUCCUUAACGCACACUCACACCCAUCCAACCCACUUAAUAAUAGUCUGCUGCCACGCAAUCUAUACCGGGUCUUCAACCCCAGCACCACUUUCAUCUUCUUCAUCUCAAUCCUCAUCCAGCACCGACCCCUCUCACCCCUCAAACUGGCUCCUAGCACCCUUUCAAACCGACGAAGUCCCCACCUUCAUAGAGCACAUCCAAGCAGGUCUAAAGCUUCUCGCUUCAUCCUCAUCCUCAUAUUCAUCAACAACGUCAGAUGAGCUCCAAAGCUCAGCUUCAGAGCCAGCACCAGACUCUCUCCUCAUCUUCUCCGGCUCCAAGACCCGUCCCGAAAUAAACAAAUCCGAAGCACGUUCCUACCUAGAUUACUGUCUCGCCAACUCAUUCUGGGGGAUCUUACCACCCGAAACCCAAACAACUCAUCAUAACAACGAGUCCACACGUGAGGAUUUAAAUGAUAGGAUUCUAAUAGAUGAACAAGCCCUCGACUCUUAUCACAACAUCCUCUUCUCGCUCCUUCUAUUCUUUAAACGCACUCGCACUUGGCCCUUGAAUAUGACUAUCAUAAGCCACGAGUUCAAACGCGCGAGAUUUAUGGAUUUACAUAUCCCUGCUUUGCGCUUCCCGCUUCAUAGGGUGCAGUAUGUGGGGAUUGAUCCGGGGUAUAUGCAAGUUGAACGGCGGCAGAAGUAUGAUGCGGUGAGGGCGGAGGAUGUAAGGAGGGGUGAGAAGGAGAGGGGAUUUGGUGUUUGGGUGGGUGAUGGGAUGGGGUGUGGGGAUUUGCUGAAGGGGAAGAGGGCGGGGAGGUGGUGUUGGGGGGUUAAGCAGGGGUGGUUUGAGGAUGGGGAGGAGGGUGAGAGGGUGAGGAGGGAGAGUGGAGUGGGGAGUAGGAGGGUUGAGUGGGUUGGGGUGGAUGGGAUGGGGAAGGAGAGGAGGUUUGUGGAGGAGGUAUUGGGGAGUGGGAGGCAGCCUUGGGAAGAGGGUUAG